AUGGUCUUAUGCACCAAACACAUGCUGCUUACUAAGCAGGAUUCUUCUCUUCUUAAGGACACAGAUCCGAUAUUGAAUGGUGCCGAAUGGAUUUCUUUCUUUGCAGGAACUCAUGAUUUUGGGGAGUCACAGACUAGUAAACGAAAGAUCAUCGAAUCGUUUUGGAUUGAGGUUUUAGAUAAGAUAAAAAUACAAGUUUUUGAGGAUGAGCGUAAAAAUUCGCGUCACGGUAGCAAGUUCGAUCUCGUUGAUCAAGAUACUAGGACUAUUAAAGUUCCAAAAGCUAUAUUUGUCAAGGAUUACAAGAAUCAUGUUUAUUCUCUACUGGAAGAGCAUCGUGGGAAGACGAAUAAGGAGGUUCUUGAAAAGCUUCAGAAAGAAAUUGAGGAGUUAACAUUGAAUUUUUCAGAGGAAAGUAUCUUUAAAACUUGUCCUAAUAUAAUGCUUAUGAUCACAAAAACUGACUUACCGAACGCGAAAGAAUUUCUCCGCGGAGAGUAUUAUACUGAUAAAGUAGGAAGGAUUCGAAUUUUAGAACAAAAAAAGAGGGAGGGUUCCUCUGUUGAAGAACUCCAUCCCGUUCUUUCUGAAUAUGACAAGGGUUUGUUGAAAGAAUUCGGGGAGCACACAAUAGAGUGCUUACUCGUCCAUACUCUUAGCUAUCUAUUCAACUUGGAUACUUCUGUAAGUCUAGCAAGUUUGAUUGAUCGAAUUGAAAGUAAUGUAAGGCAGCAUGCCUUAUUCUUACGUAAUAAUCGUAUUUGUCUGAAGGAAGACGUAGAUAAUAAACAAAAUGUUUCUUGUAAAGCUAGAACUAAAUCCUAUCCCUUUGGGACUGCAUUAGUGGAAUUCCUAGAGUCAAGGGGCCUUGUGCGUUUUACCCAACACCAUUCGGAUGAGAUCUAUAUAUCUGAAUCUAGUGAAGGUAUUCCUAAGACCUUCGUCAAGAGGGUAAAUAAAAAGAAUAAAAGCUUCUAUAGGAGUUCUUUUAAUUAUGCGGAAUGUAUGUUUAACACAGCAUUACUUCCUAUUAAAUUGAACCUGCCAAUGGUCUUUCCUCCCAAAGAUUGGCAGGUCCACAUCCCGGACGAUGAUCGGGUGUGGCUAACCAUCUCCGAUAUAUAUGGUGGUUACUUAAGUAACCCUACUGGCCAGAUAUAUAGUAGUCAAAGAAUUAUGAGUUCUCCAGAUCCGAAGAGUUUCUUCGUUUAUUUUGGUCAAGCACGGUCAAAGAGUAGCUUUGAGAAGGCUAAUAAGCUUUGUAAAGCCAUCACUGGCUUACAGCGUACGGCAUUUAAAAUAAAUACUAUACUCCUGGAUGAAAUCCGGGAAAAUAGGACUCUAUUUGAAAAUAAAGGAUUCUUGAUGCCUGCUUUUCUUACCAAGACUAUACUAGCCAAUGCCAGUGGCAUACUUAGGACGACUUAUGACAACGAUGAAUAUAAAGAGAUUAGAUCUAUCUAUCGUUAUAGCGAAUUGGUUACUAUAUUAAUGAAAAAUAUGCAGCGGGCUCGUUAUGAGUGUACUAUACUAGAUUUAGCUGAGGCUUACAGGGGGUAUUCCAUAUACUUUCCGGCAUUUCUUGACUUCAGGGGGCGUAUAUACCGAAGUGGUAUCUUUCACUUCCACGAGCGGGAUUUAGCCCGCAGUCUCCUUCUUUUUGAGAAGACGGAGUCCAAUUAUCUGGAUGAAAAAAAUAUGUGUUCUUUGUCUGUAAAGUAUCUAAUAGCUACUGAAUUCCUCUAUUCUUCUUAUUCUUCUGAGAAGAAUUUACCAGAAGUUAUGCUUUCAUACGUAGAAAAGAAAUGUCAAAUCUCAGACCCUAAUCUGAUGCUACAAAGUCUUGUUAUUGAUGCACAGGCUGCUAAACGACAAUUCCAGUUUUUGUCAAAUACCCUCCUUUUGCUUAAGGGCGUUCCGGAUGACAUGGAGGUGAUGAAAACAGUUCCUGUAACUCAGGAUGCGAGCGCUAGCGCAUAUCAGAUAAUGUCCUAUUUCCUCCUUGAUGAGGAAUUGGCCUUCCAAACUAAUCUUUUCAAUACAAACGGUAUUAUCAAUGAUAUAUAUUCUUACAUUAGAUUGGAUUUAAUUCAAUACCUCGAAGACUCGAUUCGGUUUGAGAAUCCGCAGCUAUGCAAUAUUUUGAAUCGUGUCAUAACAAGAUCUAUAGUUAAGAAAAUUUUUAUGCCCAUAAUUUAUGGCAAAACUGUUAAUAGUACUACUAAAGAUCUUAUGAUAAGUCUCGGGCAGGAUGUGUUGCCAAAAGAAUGUGUGAAACUGUCUACUCUUUGUUUCAAGUUUUGGAAAGAUAGAUAUAGUGGUAUGAACUCAUUUAUCGAGCUGAUUCGCCUGGUAGGCAGGGUAUGCGCAUCCCUAGAGCGCCCUGUCGUGUAUAGCACUCCCCUUUUUAAUACUUCCCAAGAUUAUAAAAAAAUGGAAUCAUGCUCAGUUAGAGUGUUCGACUCUAAAGAGAGAAGACGUCGUAGUGUCACACUCUCGUUUCCAUCUAAUGUGCGGGAUAAGAUGAAAAGCCGCGCCUCCACAUUUGUGAACUUCAUUCAUCAGAAGGAUGCACAAAUAGCUAUUGAGGUGGCGUCAUUAGCGAACGAGUGGAAUAUACCACUGUACACAGUGCACGACAACUUCAUAUCUAAUACCGAAUUAUGUCAUUACAUGCCUUUGUUCUACCGGGUGGCCUUUAAAAAAAUGGACGCCCCACUUACUCUCAUAAACCGCUUUAUAUAUACGAAUUUGAUCGAGCCUUCUCUAGAUAAUGUCGACAUUAAUAAAAAAUAUUCUUAUUUACGUUCUGGUUUUUAUGAUCACAAAAUCAUACCAACUUCUCUUCUAAACGAUUUCUUGAGUAUUACUCCUCUGUCCGAGACGAAGAACAAAAGCGGUUGGAAGAAAAUCACCGAUCAGCUCAAGAGCCAAUAUAAACUCUAUGUUAAGAAGGUCUGCGGACCUGAACAGAACUUUCCUGAGCACAAAGCUAGGGUUGCACAGUUCUGUUCUAAGAUUGAAGGUGAAUAUUGUAUACAUCAUUAA